AUGGGGUACACCAAGGCCGUUUGGAGCUAUCUGUUGGGAUGUCGCGUGCUGCUCGGGCGUGUAGACGCCCAGAACCAGCCCCAACAGUUAUGUGGAAAAGAUGACGCGCGUGUACAGGGCAACUACACAUUCAACAGCAAUGCCUGGAACCAAGACGAAUCUGGCUGGACGUGUCUAUAUCCAUCCAGGGACAACACAAGCAAUGCCUUCAUCGCAGAAUGGAGGUGGCAAUCGAGUCCACCACGAGUGCAUGCAUACCCGCACAUCCAGCUCAACUCUGACGUCUUGCCCGUCUCGAUUGCGAAUCUCUCCCAACUGGAUUUAUCCCUUGAGUGGGCAAUGAAGCCCUCUUCCCUCAUUGAAGGUUUAUCCGACGACCCAACUACUUCUCCUAAUGCUGAUGCUCUCGAUGCCAUCGGUAUCGAAGCCAAUGUCGUUAUGGACCUCUUUUGCGAUGCCGACGCAAACCGAAGUAGGACACCGGCGAAGCAACGUUAUGAGAUCAUGGUGUGGCUAGGUCGAUUUGGCAGGGCCAGCGAGCCGAUAGGUAUGGAUCAGGCGCGAGUUACGCCCAUAGUGCAGACGGUUGGGAAUGCUGAGUUCACGCUGUAUGCAGGCACAAACGGCAACGGACAGACCGUAUUCUCAUGGGUCACUACAGCGCCACUUACGCAAUUCUACGGUGAUGUCACGCCGUUAGUGCAUUUCCUCCCUAGGUAUGGUUUCAUGCCUUGGGACACGUAUCUGGGUACUGUUCAGUUUGGCAGUGAAACUUUUUACGCCGCAGAGAAUGUCAAGUUCUAUGUAAAAAGCUUUCACGCCGAUGUAAAGAGCCCAGCGGAGGGUGCAAGUCCUGUGGACACGAGUGUUGAAGAGCUGCCAGUACAGACCAGUGUGGGCGGCGGAGCAGCGGCCUUGGAAGUUGCGAGUGGCCUGUGGACAUAUUUGUCGGUGGGUACAGGGUAUUUCGUUGCGAUGCUGCUUAUGGGAGGGUUGUCAGUAUUGUGA